AUAAGGGUUUGCUCUUUAUUGGGUGUCCAAGCAUAUUGAAAUGGGAUCAAAUUUCCUAUGGCUGGUACUUAUAACACUGGUUUCACUAAAAGGGUGGUCGUGUCAUGGCUGCUUGGAGCAGGAGAAGCUCGCCCUGUUGCAUCUCAAACCUUUAUUCAAUGAUCCUCACUUGAAGUUGAAAAGUUGGAAAGGAAAUGACAGUUCAGAUUGUUGCCAAUGGAAACGUGUCAAGUGCAACACCACCACAGGCCGAGUCAUCGGACUCUUUCUUUCUGGUGUUUCUCAUCAUAUCCUACAACUGGACGACUCCUUAUUUCUUCCAUUCGAAGAAUUGAAGAGUCUUGACUUAAGCAACAACCAAAUUGUUGGUUUCUUUGAGGACAAAGGAUUCCAAGGGCAAUUGAGCAAUCUAGAGUUCCUAGACUUGAGUGAAAAUAAAUUGAACGAAAGCAUUUUAUGGUCUUUGGGGGGGUUUUUGUCCAUCAUGUCUCUAAAUCUUGAAGCAAACGCUUUCACAGGCAAAGGUAUUGAACAGAUAUCAAGAAUGACAAGUUUGGCGACUCUCAAUUUGGGCUUUAACAGACUGAACUAUAGCAUUCUUUCAUAUCUUGGUGGUCUUCCAUCUUUAAAAACUUUAAUUCUUGAUGGUGGCGUCUUUAAAGGAAGGAUUUAUCCUGAAGAUCAGCUUAGUCUCAAGAACUUAGAGUCUUUGCUAAUCGAUGGGUCUUUUAUCCGUAAGAGCUUUCUUCAAUCAAUUGGAAGCAUGACCUCCCUCAAGGUUUUGUCAUUAUCCUUGUGUGAACUCAAUGGAGCUUUACCCACUAAAGGUCUAUGUGAAUUAACUCAUCUCAAAGAAUUGGAUAUCAGCUACAACAAUUUCAGUGGAUAUUUGCCUUGGUGCUUCUCAAACCUAACAUCCCUUGAAUUUUUAGACCUCUCAUAUAACCAGUUCUCUGGAAAUAUUUCCCUAUCUCCAUUUCAGAGUCUAACAUCCAUCCGAUAUUUGUUUCUUUCCGAUAAUCAAUUCCAAAUCCCAAGUUCACUUAGACCUUUUCUCAACCUUUCAAAACUCAAGAUUAUGUAUGCAGAAAAUAAUCAAGUAUAUGAUGACAGAGGGCUAUAUUCCUCAGUUCCAAAAUUCCAGUUGAAUAACAUCCUUUUGUCUUGCUGUGGAAAUGGUGGAGCACUUCCUAAGUUCCUCUACCAUCAACAUGAUCUACAACAUGUUGAUCUCUCUAACAUUAAUUUGUCAGGAUAUUUUCCAAAUUGGUUGUUGGAGAAUAACACAGGACUGCAAACACUUAAACUGAGCAAUAAUUCUCUUUCGGGUCCUUUGCAGAUGCCAUUUCAAUCUCAUAGAAACUUGUAUUGGUUAGAUCUCUCUCAGAAUCACUUAGAUGGCUGCAUUGAUCAAGAGAUUGGAGCAUAUUUACCGGAGCUAGUAGAUCUAGACAUUUCAAGAAAUUCUUUCAAUGGUACCAUUCCUUCCUCCUUUGGUGACAUGAAAUGGCUACAGUUCUUGGAUGCAUCCAACAAUAACUUGUCUGGUGAAAUUCCUGAGCAUUUUGCCAUGGGUUGUUAUUCUUUAACGCAACUUAUACUGUCAAACAAUCAUUUGAAAGGUCAGAUAUUCCAUUCAAAAUCUAAUUGGGCAUUCUUGGGAAUUUUAAGGUUGGAUGGCAAUUGUUUUAGCGGGCAAAUCCCACACAGCAUGUUGAGGUUGAACAGUUCCUUGAUGGAGCUUGGAAUUAGUGACAAUUACCUUUCUGGUACGAUCCCAAGAUGGCUAGGGAAUUUGACAAACUUGAAAACCAUUCUCAUGGGAAAUAAUAGUUUUGAAGGUCCAAUCCCAAUAGAGUUGUGUCAGCUCCAAUCCCUCGCAGUUCUUGACCUUUCUAGAAACAAUAUUUCUGGGAAGCUAAUGUCUUGCUCUUUCCCAUUCAUGGUUGAGAUGCAUUUGUCUAGAAAUAGGUUAGAAGGACCGCUGACAAACGCAAUCUGCAACAACUCUCUGUUCCUAUUAGCAUUAGAUCUCAGCGACAAUUACUUUACGGGUAAAAUUCCUGGUUGCAUUGAUGAACUACAACAGUUGAGCUUUCUUCUAUUGAGUAAGAAUAAAUUUGAAGGGAAUAUUCCAACUCAGCUAUGCAGGUUAAACUGGUUGGGCAUGAUAGAUCUUUCUCACAAUAAUCUUUCGGGUGCGAUUCCAGCUUGCCUAAAUGUCAUUUGUUUGGAUGAAGUAUUGCGGACAAAAAUGGGAUAUGUUGAGUUUUUGAAUCCUACUGACUUUUAUCUUCGACCAUUAGGAUUCACGACGAAAGGUUCUUUUUAUUUGUAUGGAGGAAGCAUUCUUCCUUACAUGUCAGGGAUUGAUCUAUCAUCCAACAGAUUGGUGGGUAAGAUUCCUCAUGAAAUUGGAAAUCUUAGUGAGAUCCGUGCCCUAAACAUAUCCCAUAAUAGAUUGGCAGGAUCAAUACCGCCAACGUUGUCUAACCUUGGGUUGAUUGAGAGCCUAGAUCUUUCUUACAACAAUUUGAGUGGAGAAAUUCCUCCUCAGCUUGUUGAGUUAUGUUCAUUAGCCUAUUUUAGUGUGGCAUACAACAACUUAUCAGGCAAGACACCUGCUAGAGUCCAACAGUUUGCGACAUUUGAAAAGAGUAGCUAUGAGGGAAAUCCUUUUCUUUGUGGAGAGCCAUUGCGCAAUAAUUGCUUGGCAACUAGACCAGAACCUGUGUCAGAAAAGACCAAUAAUCCAACUGAUGUUCUCUACAUAAAUCCUUACUGGAGACGAGUGUGGUUCUAUUACAUUGAGAUGGGCUACACUUCAUGCUACUAUUUUGUGUGCAGAUGGGGUUAUGAGUCAAGGUCUCCCUUUGCUAUCGUAUUGGAAGGUUUAUGCAAUUUGACAAUUCCAACACUUCAAGAAAAGGUGAAGAUAGGUGUUCCAAGUCAAGGUAUCCCCUUUGAAAAAUGCUUUGGUGUCGUAUCGGAAGGGAUAUGCAAUUUGACAAUUCCAAAGAACUCCAGCAAUGUUAUUGUUAAAAGACCUCAACCUCAAUUUCCCCUCAUCAACUCUGCUUUGGCAUGGGAAUGCCGUCCAGAAGCACCGGCCACAGCCAGUGGCGCUCAAUUCAAAGCUCUCUUCAAAGUGUGGGAAUUAUCAAAGGCGAUUUUGAUGUUUGGGGAGGGUGGUUGUGUCAUGGCUGUUGGGAGCAGGAGAAACUCGGUCUUUUGCAUCUCAAACCUUUAUUCGACGAUGAUUUCUUGUUGGAAAGUUGGAGAGGAAAUGAUAGUUCAGAUUGUUGUCAAUGGAGUGGUGUCGAGUGUGACACCAGGACAGGCCGAAUCAUCAGACUCUCUAUUAAUCAUUGUUUUAGCCACGUUCUGCAUCUCAACUUCUCCUUAUUUCUUCCUUUUGAAGAAUUGAAGAGUCUUGACUUAAGCAGCAAUCGUAUUGUUGGUUUCUUUGAGGACAAAGGUCCUUGAAAUUUUGAAUGAAUUGAUCUUUUUCGU